AUGGCCCUCAAGGCUCAGCACCAGGGGGUGACGCAGUGUGUGCCCCAGCACCAGGGGGUGACGCAGUGUGUGCCCCAGCACCAGGGGGUGACGCAGUGUGUGCCCCAGCACCAGGGGGUGACCCAGUGUGUGCCCCAGCAGCAGCGGGUGCCCCCGCCGUGCCCGCCCAUCGCCGUGUCCCCGCAGCAGAGCGUGGCCCAGGCGGUGCCACCGUCCCAGCGUGUCCUGCAGCAGCCUCGGUGUGUGACCACCUGCGUGCCCACGGGCGUGGCGGGCGUGUGCCAGCCCCAGGGCGUGACCCAGUGCGUGCCCCAGCAGCAGCAGCGCCCGCCCGCCGCCGUCCCCCCACAGCAGAGGUGCGUGACCACCUGUGUCCCUCGGCCAUCCCGCACCACCAAGGGGGUCCCCCAGCACCAGAGUGCCACCAGGUGUGUCCCCCAGCAGUGUGUGACCACCCUGUGCCCCCGGCAGGGCGUGCCCAGGUGUGUCACCACCUGUGUCCCCCAGCAGCGAGCGGCCAAGGGGGGCUCGUACCCGUACCUGACUUGCCAGGGACCCCGGCGGGGUGGCACCUCCUACAUACCCCAGCAGAUCUGUGUCCCCCAGCAGGGUGUCACCUCCUACAUCCCCCAGCAGACCUCCUGUGCCCCCCAGCAGAGUGUCAUCUCCUCUGUCCCCCAGCAAUGGGCCUCCAGGUGUGUGACCAAGUGUGUCCCCCAGCAGAGUGCCACCGACUGUGCCUCCAUUUGUGUCCCCCAGCAGCAGGGUGAGACAGUUUGUGUCCCUCAGCAGCAACGUGCCACCAGGUAUGUCCCUCAGCAAAGUGCCACCCAGUGUGUCCCUCAGCAGAGUGGGACCAAAUGUGUCCCUCAGCCAUGUGCCACCAAGUGUGUCCCUCAGCAAAGUGCCACCAAGUGUGUCUGUUAUCAGAGUGUGACCAAGUGUGUCCCUCAGCAGCAAAGAUGUGCCACCAAGUGUGUCCCUCAGCAAAGUGCCACCAAGUGUGUCCCUCACCAGAGUGGGACCAAAUGUGCCCCUCAGCCAUGUGCCACCAAAUGUGUCCCUCAGCAAAGUGCCAGUCAGUGUGUCCCUUACCAGAGUGUGACCAAGUGUGUCCCUCAGCAGCAAAGAUAUGCCACCAAGUGUGUCCCUCAGCAGAGUGUGACCAAAUGUGUCCCUCAGCCAUGUGCCACCAAGUGUGUCUGUUAUCAGAGUCAAAGUGCCACCCAAUGUGUCCCUCAGCAAAGUGCCACCCAGGGUGUCCCUCAGCAGCAUUGUCAGUCAGGUGGGGUGAAAAUUUCCAGUCACUUAAAAAAGUACAUCUCAGCCCCCAAAUGGCCCUGGUGA